AUGACUGCCUCAUACGCACCGCCAUUUGCGCUCGUCACUGGCUGCAACAGUGGCAUUGGCGAGCAACUUGCCAUUGCCCUUGCUAAGAACAGCUAUACUGUAUUCGCUACUGCCAAACGUAUCGAAUCCUUAGACAGCCUGGCAAGACAACAUGCAAACCUCAUUGCACUCCCUCUUCAGCUUAGUGACUCGACAAGCCUCGAAGGGCUUAGAGACUCGGUCAACAAAUACACCCAAGGACGCCUGGACAUACUGAUCAACAAUGCAGGGAUGCACUACGCGUCACCAGCUACGGAUAUUGACGUCAGCGAAGUCGCGAAGCUUUUCGCCGUCAAUGUUGUAGCUGUUAUGCAUAUGUGCCAGCUCUUUAUCCCACUUUUGCGAAAGGCUCCUCGGCCACGAAUUGUUCAAAUUGGAAGUGUUACGCGCGACGUUCCUGUUGACUUGAGGCCUUUGUCUAUCGAGGUCAUAGAGGUCGUUACUGGAUAUGUUCGCAGCAACAUCCUCCGAGACGGUGUUCACAUCUCCGAAGACUCUCUGUACCGACCUAUUAAAAGCACCGUUGAGUCUGUUAAGAACGGAGGAAACAAGAAUGGCAUGCCCGCAGACGAAUAUGCUCGUGUCGUUGUACGCCAAGUCCUUGGCAAGAAAUACAAGCGGGAGAUAUGGGAAGGUCAUCGGGCUCGAAUAUUGCGAUUCAUGGUGACAUUCUUUCCCAUAUGGCUAGUAGUGCUGGGGCACAGACUGUACGGCGUAAAGUUCGACCGCUGGGCGCACCUUCAGCAAGCCGUUGGCACCACUGUGUCCCCGGCUCAUGCUCUGACGGACCACUCUAACGGAGGAGUUUUCCCUCUCCAGGGUCUUAAAACUUCACUGGAGAUGCUGGGCGUUCUUGGGAAACAGGAAAACGUGGUUCCUCAUGCAACACCAGAUAAGCAUGGGCCGCUUCGCGAUGUCCAUCUUGGAUCUCACCCAGUGGGAGGGGUGCUCAGCAAGCUCAUUGGCAGUGCGAUAAGCCAUCAAGUGUCUGUGUCGCCUUCAUUGAUUUCCCAAAACCCGGCUCCAGAUCCAACCCAUCAUUGGGCCGUCAUUGUUGGAGAGUACUAUCACGAGCUGGGUGGCGAUAGGGAUCUCAAGGUCAUAUACAACAAUGGCAAGACAUCAGAUCAAACAGCCCUUGGUGCAUGGCAGAAGCCUUUCUGGAUUGGGAAAACUACCUUUAACGAUGAAGCUAUUCGACAGGCCGUGCUUUCCCCUGUACCCAUCUCACAUAGCACUCGAUCCAGCAUUCACGACCACAAGAUGACUACAGCUCAGGCAGUACUGCAACAGAAGCUGACCAUCACACCCAAAACAGCUUCUCUGCUUAUGCAAGCUGGUUACAGCGAUUAUAGCCAACUCAAAUAUGCCACGCCGAACGGGAUAGUCGACCAGUUCACAUCCAAAUUCGGUAUCCCAAAGACAUCCGCCUCCGCUUACCGGCGUGCAUGUCGCAGGCUGGUCUUUCUUGGAACACAAGACGAUCCCGAGGAGCAGGAGAAGGUUUGCGCUGACUGGACCAACAAAGCCCUAGCCGCUCGUGGAAUCUGGAGGGAUGACUUUGAUGAUCUGACGGGAGAGCAGAUUGCCGAGAUGAUUAUGGGUACAGCAAAAUGA